CUCCACAGAGAAAGGUCAAAACCAAACAACAGUUUCGUUCGCCAUUACCACCUUUCCCUCCAUUAACACAACACACUCUUCUUCUUCUUCUUCUUCUUCAAGCAUGGACGGUGGUGCGUACAAUCCUCGCACCGUCGAAGAGGUUUUCAGGGAUUUCAAGGGUCGUAGAGCUGCACUCAUCAAAGCCCUCACCACUGAUGUUGAGGAAUUCUACCAGCAGUGUGAUCCAGAGAAGGAAAACCUUUGCCUUUAUGGAUUUCCUAGUGAGCAGUGGGAAGUCAAUCUGCCAGCUGAAGAAGUUCCCCCAGAGCUUCCUGAGCCAGCGUUGGGUAUCAACUUUGCCAGAGACGGUAUGCAAGAUAAGGACUGGCUGUCUUUGGUGGCGGUACACAGUGAUGCUUGGUUACUUUCUGUGGCUUUUUAUUUUGGUGCUAGGUUUGGAUUUGAUAAGUCUGAUAGGAAGCGACUAUUUGGUAUGAUAAAUGAUCUUCCCACAGUAUUUGAGGUUGUUACCGGGGUGGCCAAGAAACAAGGAAAGGAAUCUCAUAGCAGUAACAAACCCAAAUCAAACUCUAAGCGAGGGUCUGAACCUCAGGUGGUGAAGUAUUCAAAAGGGUUGAUAUCGAAGGACGAGGACGAGGGCGAGGGCGAGGACGAGGACGAGGAAGGUUUAGAAGAGGAAGAUGAAGAGGAACAUGGAGAGACCUUGUGUGGGGCGUGUGGCGAGAGCUAUGCAGCUGAUGAGUUUUGGAUUUGCUGUGACAUCUGCGAGAAGUGGUUCCAUGGAAAGUGUGUGAAGAUUACCCCUGCAAGGGCUGAGCAUAUUAAACAGUACAAAUGUCCAUCUUGCAGCAACAAGAGAGCUCGAUCUUGACAAUUGAUAGUUUCUCUAGCAAUCUGGGAUUAGUAGCUAUAAUCUUGGCAAUUUUAUGACUGCUAAUCUGUUUAGUAGGUCAAGUUUUUAGGUCUUGCUAUCAAACGCAGGUUCAUUGUUCAGAUAUUAAGUUAGGUAUGUGAGCUGCUACUGUGUUAUCUAGAAUUAGGAUAUUUAUGUCAUAACCGGACUUAAAAUGAUGUUCUGGUAUGUGCUACCUUAGAUUUGAUGAUGUCUUUAAAUGUACUUGUGUCCAUAUUUUAGUGAACUUCUUAUUAUCA